AUGGCUGAUAACAACCAAGGUUGCAAGAUUACUCUCUUCUGGCUUGAGAAAUCUCGAAGUCAUCGGAUACUCUGGCUUUUGGAAGAGCUGCAGCUGAAAUAUGAGCUCAAAACCUUCAAGCGUCGCCCUGACAAGCUCGCUCCAGCCGAGUUGAAGGAGAUCCACCCGCUGGGCAAGUCGCCCGUGAUUACCAUUCAAGCACCGGGUGCCACCAAACCGUUGGUGCUGGCGGAGUCUGGUGCUAUCGCGGAAUAUCUUUGCGACCACUUCAGCAGCGCGCGGCCGACGCUGGUACCGCAACGAUACACGCCCGGCGCCGAGGGCAAAGUGGGCGGAGAGACCGAGGAGUGGAUGCGUUAUCGCUACUUCAUGCAUUACGUGGAAGGCAGUCUCAUGCCCUUCCUGGUGAUGACUUUAGUAAAUGACUCCAUUCGGAAUGCUCCCCCAUUCUUUGUUCGACCUAUUACCAACCUUGUGGCCUCGCAAGUUGAGAACCAAUUCCUCACUCGCAACGUCGAGGGCAACCUCGCCUUCCUUGAGGAACAGCUUCGCACAUCUCCCGACAGUGGUCAAUACAUUUGCGGCAAGGAACUGACAGUUGCCGAUAUUCUCCUCAGUUUCCCAGUAAUUGCUGUGACCAUGCGAACGCUGAAAGAUCAAGAGAACAGAAACAAGUACCCUCUUCUUGUAGAGUACGCUAACCGACUCGAGAGCAGUGAGGGGUACCAGCGUGCCGUGAAGAAGAUUGAGGAGAUUGAGGGGAAGUUCUCAGCUUCUAUGUAA